AUGUCCCUCUGGUGUCUGUUGUUUUUUGCAAUAGCGUUCGGAUCGCUCGGUGCGAACGAUGUCGAUGCAAACGGUUGGCCAAUCGUGAGGUUUCAGAAUGGAACGGUUGGCGUACAAAACGACGGAGGCGAAGUGCACGUGCGAGCAGACGUGAUGAAAUUACACACGAAUGUGUUGAUGUUGAACGAUAUCGAUUUGAUGCCACCGAAAUGUAUGGCCCCUGGAGGAGACAGGUUACAACAUAAUGGCACGCACUUUUUUUGCGUGUGUGUGGAGCAUUGGAGUGGAAGGAAUUGUGAUAUUCCUCCGAGUCCGCCGCCAUCUCCGCCGCCGCCAUCUCCGCCGCCGCCGUAUGUAGCGCCGCCGCCAUAUACAAUACCGCCGUCGCCGCCGCCGUUUUCUCCGCCGCCGCCGCCGCCGAAUGCACUAGGUGCGAACGAGUUACUCCGAGUAGCACUUAAGGAAUGUUUUGCAAAAAGCGCAGCCGGCGAGUGUGAAUGUACAUACGAUUCUCCUUGCGGAUAUAUCACCGAUAAAAGUUCUAUGAAUGACUGGGACGUAUCUGAAGUUACGGAGAUGAUCAGUCUGUUUGACGGUAAAGGAAGUUUCACCGCAAAUAUCUCGAAGUGGGACACGAGCUCGGUGACGGAUAUGAAAUCUAUGUUUAAAGGUUGUGGUGCAUUUAACCAGUCUCUCGAAUACUGGAAUACUGGAAGCGUUACCGAUAUGUCUAAUAUGUUUCAAAAUGCUUGUAAGUUUAAUGCGAGCAUCGCGGGAUGGGAUGUGAGCAAAGUUAAAAAUUUUGAGAGAAUGUUUAACGGAAAUAUUCACGCUAAUACGGCUAUGAAGUUCAACGGUAAUUUAUCAACAUGGAAUACUGGCGCUGUGACUUCCAUGCUUGGAAUGUUCUCGAGUGAAGGCCUUACCUUAAGGGCAGGUUUCAACAACCCAUCUAUUGCGAAUUGGAAUAUAAGCAAUGUGCGAAAUAUGCGCUUGAUGUUUGGAGGUUACAAACAAGCUAGUUGCGGUUGGGCAUCUUCGCCAUUCAAUCAAGAAAUCUCGAAUUGGAAUUGGGAUAUUAGCUCGGUAACAGAUAUGUCAUAUAUGUUCUUCUGCGCAACUAACUUUCGGGACGCGGGCAUUCGGAAAUGGAUUGUAAGAUCAGACACGAAUACAAUUGCUAUGUUUGGUCAAACGACUUUAGCUUCGAUACUCGUUUGUCCUGGUGGUUCUAAUGGACCGCCGAGCGAAUGUUACGCCAAACCUUUUGAUACAAACGUUCAAUUCAGCGAGGCACUCACUCAAUGUUUCGUUGAAUCGAGCGAUGGAAAGUGCAAAUGUGCAACAACAGCAUGUGGUGGCUCAGGCGUACCUAUUUCGCAAUGGAACACUUCAGGAAUACUAUACAUGCAGAACGCAUUCAAGGAUAAGACGACAUUUAAUCAAGAUUUAAGCGAAUGGGAUACGCGAUCGACUAUCAACAUGUAUUCGAUGUUUGAAAACGCAGCUGCUUUUAACCAAAACAUAGGCGCGUGGGACGUCACGCAAGUCACAGAUUUAAAAGAUAUGUUCAACGGGGCGUCGUCUUUCGACCACGAUAUAAGUAACUGGGUGCUUCCGGAGGGCGCGGUCACGACGGAUAUGUUUGAUGACGCAGACUGCUUCAAGAUAACGUUUGAUUGUGAGGACAGCAAUGACGGACCGCCAUCGACGUGCGAGCCUACUGAAAAUGUUUAUUCAGAAAGUUGUAGAAGAAUUGAAAUCGGAAUCGGAAAAAAGUAG